AUGGCCCGAAAAUACUGGCGCACCGAGCUCCCUGGGCCCUCCCACCUUACCCGCGUACUGCAGAACCUGCGCCGGGAGCCGCGGCCCGCUCUCCCGCGCCUGCGCGCCUUACGCCUAACCCUGGCAGCGCGUAACGACCAUUUUGCCGCAAGGCACUUUGUGAAGGAGGAGUUGCCGCGGAUACGUUACGCGAACCCGCGCUUGGAGAUCACUGUGGAGAAGAAGGAGAAGAAGGAGGGUGAAGCGUGGCCCGCGACUAUUGAGCUGGCGUAUGCUGACGGAGCGACCGAGACACAUGCACUGACAGAAUCUUGGUCAACCGAUAUCCUUACUCGCGUACUUGACGCAGGUGCUGGUGACGGCUGGAAACGCUGGAAAGAGACCCGCGCCGCGCAGGGUCUCCCGCCGCUGGACCCACCGGUUGUACAACCGCCGCCACCACCCAAGACUAAAUACGGUCGGCCCGCACUGAGUCUCACACACAAGCCGGCGAAGAAGGUGUUGGGGGCUGAAGAGGUCGUCGAAGCGGAGGGUGCCAGUCCAGCAACGCCAGACUUCACGAAGACGGGUGCAGCGAUGGUAUUGCCGUAG